AUAAAUAUUAUACACAAGCACAAGUACCACAAGUCAGUGUUUACGCUUCCAAUAAGACAGUAACUUUAUUCAAGCUUUGAUAAUGAAUUAUUCAUCUAUAUUUGUUUUUCUUGUGUCUCUAUUAUCAUCAUCCAAUGUAUACUCUAUGAGAUAUAAUGACCCUCUGAAUAAUAUGUACAAUAACCAACCUUAUGGAAACUCCAACCAAGAAGUCGUUAAUAUUGGAAACGGGGUCAAUAGAAGAAAUUUCGUCAUACUCGAAGACAAUUCUAACUAUCCAAAUACACGUGGCCAGCCAGAUCAAACUGGUUAUAGAUAUGGUGGCAGCUCCAGUGUUAAUAACAUUGGAAAUGGAGUGAACAAUCACAACACAGUUGUGUUGGACGGCGGCAGCGACGGUGGUCGACAGUAUGAAAGCUGGAACAACGGUGGAACAACUGUUGUACGCAACAGAAAUAAUGGAAAAGACAUCUUUAACGUUGGUUAUGGUCAAGGAAACCAAAAUAGGGUAUCUAUUGACGGCAGACCAGUACAAACAGGACGUCCACGGCAGACAAGCGUACUUGAAGAACAGAUGAAAAUUUUAAAUGAUAUGUCUGCUGAUUUACAACGCAUUUCAUACAUCUUAAACCAAAUCGAAGAGGCAGAAAAAAGAUACUGAAAUAAAAAAUAUUAUUAUAUCUUAUUUGUAAUGUUUUGUAAGAUCCGUGACAUUUUAACCAGUAAUCUUAAAAUAAAGACGUUCGGUGUUAAUAUAUUUUUUUUAUCCAAUAAAAUGUUAAUACAA